AUGGCGGCAGCUGACUCCUCUCCUCUGGAGUUGUCCUCAAAAGAUUGUGAGAACGAAGAUCACAUAUCAACAGCCGAGCGAAAGGUUCUCAUUUCGGUAGAUGGCAGUGAAGACAGUGCCCGCGCCUUCGAGUGGUACACCACCAACUUACUUCGUGAGAAUGAUGGCGUUGUUCUGGUCCAUGUUGUGGAGCCAGUGAAUGCCGGAGUUAACUAUGGACUUGCCACGAAAUCUACUAUCCUCACAGACGACUUCUGCAAGCAUAUUACUGAGCUGGCCGACAACGGGAGAGCGUUAGGCAGGAAAUAUCUUGAUCAAUCCAAGGGUUUUGGAAUACGGGCCCGAUUCGUCUUGCACAUAGGAGCCAAGCCAGGUGAGCAUAUUUGCCGUCUCUCCAAAGAACUGUCGAUCGACGUCAUUGUCAUGGGAAGUCGUGGACUUGGCAAGAUCCGGCGUACUUUUCUUGGCAGUGUUAGUGACUACGUUUUACAUCAUGCCAUUACACCUGUAAUUAUUAUUCCGCCUCAAAAGAAGGAUGCAUAA